AUGGCUUCCACUGAGGAUGAUUACGUCUUCAGGCGAGACUUUCUCGACAGCAACCGGUGCGUCCCGAGAGGUCAAAGGACCCAAGUCACCCGCGACGAUUCCUGGCCCAGAGACAAUCCUGACAUGAGCGCAGUAUCAACUUGUUGCACCAUUUUUUGGACCAAGACCUUUGGCUACGUGAUUCACCCUAAAAUCACCAAUGGCGGCCAAAUCGGCAGAGUGGCCGACGUAGGGACGGGCACAAGCAUUUGGCUCUUGGACGCCCGAGAUCAACUACCCGAGCAGACUGAGCUUGAUGGCUUCGACAUCUCGCUUGCCGCCGUGCCGCCGCCCGAGGUUUUGCCUCCCAACGUAAAGCUGCAGCUUUGGGACGUUAAGAAGAAUGUCCCAGACAGGCUCGUCGGGGCUUUCGACGUCGUUUACCUACGCUUCUUCGCGUUCGUCUUGAUGAAUGAUGAAAUUCCAGGUGUGAUUGAAAAGGUUUUCCAGAUGCUUAAGCCCGGUGGCUAUAUACAAUGGGAAGAGGCUGAUAUGGAGACGUUGCGCUUCGACAAGGCCCGACCCGACACAAAAACGAACAACCUUGAGGAUUUAUUCAAGUUGCUGCUGGUCCAGGAUCAUCGCUUUAAGCCGACGUGGGCGAAAAAGCUUGACGAUCUCUUGUCGAACGCUGGAUUUGUGGACAUAGAGAGAGACACCAGGGACGCCCCUCCGCACGUUGCCUUCCAGUUCCACGAGGUAGGUCUGAUGAUUCACGAGCUUAUUGCACGCAAGACCACGAACAGCCUACUAUCAGGGGAACUGAAACGUCUCCUCCCUGCCGCUAUAAAAGAAACGCAGAAUGGGGCUUACGGGGCAUCAGAGAGAUUCGUCGUCAUUGGAAGGAAGCCUUAA